AUUCAGUCCGGUUUCAUUCAUAACUAAGAUCGGCAUUUAACGCCCAAAUUAAACUAUGCGGAGAAGACUGACGCUAUUUGCGUGUGAUGGACAGCGUCAAAUGGACCACAUGAAGUAACCCAGAAUAAGGGUUCACUCUCUCUGACCUGGACCAUGAGCAAUGACUCGCCUGUACUGACAAGCCUGACGGAGAACUCCACCGAGGUGCCAGUGUCGGUAGGACGGGUUGAGAACUAUGUGAUCCUGCUGGUCCUGCUGUGUGUGUUCGCUGGAGGUUCACUGAUCCUUCUCUCCGUGCUGUUGUUGUUCUGUCACCGCUGCUCUGUGGGCAGCCGCCGUUACUCCAGGGCCAGUGAUGAUCCAGAGAAGACUAAUACCACCUAUGUGGAGGAUUCACAGCCCACACAAGACAUCACUAUAAGGCUAGAUGAAUCAGAUGCUCUCUCACCGUCUAGCUGCCAUGAUGAAGAGACAGACAGGUUCAUGUCCACCUGCUCUACUGGCCGCCGUGUCUCCUUCAAUGAGUCAGCUCUUUACGAAAAGGAGAGCAAGACUCAGGACAAAGGACGCAGAUACACCCUCACAGAAGGGGACUUCCAUCAUCUGAAGAAGGCCCGUCUGACCCACCUCCCCCUGGCCCCCCCUCCCUCUACCCUGAAGAUACUCACCAUCAUGGAGUGUGAAUCUACAGAGAGCAGCAGCCUCAACGUCAACGAACCGCCCACUCCCAAACCCCCACUGUACCCCCUCUACCAGUCUUCUGAGAGGGCUGGGCCCGCUUGGUUGGGCCAGAGCUCUGGUAGUGCCCUCCCUGGAGACAUCCACCACUACAUCCUACUGGACUCCAGACUCAGCGACAGUCCACCAAUCCUGUGCCCCCCAACCCCCCGCUCCAGAACCGCGGAGGCCGUAGGGGACGGACCAUGGGUUAGGACAGAAGGAGAGAGUGAGAUUACAGGGACGAGAGGAGUGAGGGGAACGUCUCCGGCCCCCGUUCACCGGGGUUCCGUUCUGCACUUCUUCUGCAAACUGAGACGGCAUGCCAGCUUGGAGGGGGCCGGGCCUUACUUCAGGAAGUGGAAGUUUGACAGCAGCCAUCGUGCCGCCAGUCUAGACACCAAAGGCUCUCCUAAGAGACGUCCGUUCCAGAGACAGAGAGCAGCCAGUGAUAACACAGACCCAACUGAAGAGGUCUCACCCCCUCUCCGCCGUGACAUCAUCCAGCCUCUCCCCUCCGCACACAACCAGAGCAGCAGCCUCCAGCGUCUCUCUGAAGGGUUGCUAUCGCCCCCCACCUGCCCACCCUCACCCUGUCUCAGCAGGUUAGAGGUGGAGGCGGUGGUAGAGGCUGCCAGCAGCAGCAGGACAGAGAGAAACGCAACUCACCCACCACCAGAGCCCCCUGAGACCCAAGAGAGAGGGCAAGAGCCUGGGGAGGAAGCGACGGGAACAGGGACAGGGUUAUGGAGAGAAGCUGGGGCAGUGACAAGAAAAGAAGCAAAAGAGGAGGUCAAUGAAUGGGUUGGGCCAGGAGAAGAGUCAGAUGAAGAGGAAGAGACAGAUAUUUUAGGGACAGAACAAAGGGUGGGUAUGGGAUCAGAGAUAAUGGAAGGUCUGUGUGCAGACGAAGCCCAAGGGGGAGGAGAAAGUUUCCAGGCAGAGCUAGGAGCUGAGGCAAGGAUAAGGGCAAGGACUGCGGAUGGGUUGGGGGCCACUCCAAAUACAGAAGCAGGGAUGGGGUUAAGAGCCAAGACCGGGGUAGGGGCUGUUCUGGGAACAGAAAGAGAGGUCGAGACAGAAGACAGGUUUAAGUCAACGUUAGAGGUGGGGGCAAUAACAGGGGCAGAAUUAGAAAUUGAGGCAGGGCUAGGGGCAUCAGGGGUGAGGAUGAAGGCAGAUUCUGGAUCAGGGUUAGAAGGGGUGCUAAGUGCUGGAGCAGGGCCAGGGUUAUGGGAAGAUCCAGGGCCUCGAUCAAGGUCUGGGUCUGGGGUGUGUAUCAGUCGACAGGAGAGCUCUGAGACCCAGCCCUCCCUGUACAGAGACAUCUGGAGCCUGCGAGCUUCUCUGGAGCAGUAUGCCUCCUCGGACCAGAGCAGCACGGACAGGGAGUCCAUACGCAGCGACGCCGACAGCGUGUGUUCACUAGGAGGUGCUGCAGCCCGGUCCGGCUUUGCUGCCUGCCUCUCCCAGGACCUUGGCGACGAACUGGAGGAAGAAUGGGAGUAUGGGGACACGGGAAAGGAGGGGGGAGACAGAGGACAGAGGGAGACAGAGGGGGAGGGGGAAUACAGGGACACUGGGAGAAAGAUUGGUCACAGGGGGGUCCAAAGGAGAGAUAGUGAGGGAGGAGGAGGAGAAGGGGGAACCGGGGUAGGAGGAGGAGGAGGAGGUGAAGGGGAGGUGUGCAGCCGGAAGCUCCUGCAGAUGGACAGUGGGUACAUGUCCAUUGAGGCUCCGAUAAGGGCCCCUGAGGAGCUGAGGCUGUUCGGGGCCCCUGUAGGCCCUCGAGGGAAGACUGCGUCGGAGAGAAGGCUGUUCUUCACCAGCUCUGGGAGGAAGGGCACCGUGUGUGAGAGCUUCGAGGCCAAGGUGUUCCAGGAGGAGUUGGAGGAUGAGAUAGGAAAGAGUACUGAGGUGGAAGAGAAACCUUUGAAGAGGUCCCCAAGGUCUACUAAUGGAGGAAAGACGCUUAUUCUCAAAGAACAAUCGGUAUCACCACUAAAAUCGCUACAACUGCAACAACCGCCGCUGCAGUUGCCCCAACUCCAACCCCAACCCAUUCCCUCGCCACGGCCCGUACGCCUCCGUCGGCGUGACUACAGCAUAGACGAGAAGACGGACGCACUGUUCAACGAGUUCCUGCGUCACGAUCCCCGCUUCGACCAGCAGGAGUCGCCACUGCGCUCCCGGCACCGCUCGCGCAUCCACCUUCGCAAGCAGUGGCAACGCCACAAGCAGUACAGCGACCCGGGGUCUGGUGCUGGGGGGCGCUACUCGCCCUCUCUGGAGAGGCAGAGUUUCAGACCUUUACGGAGGGGCGACAGUGCGGGAUACCCUCUAGACACACGCUAUCACAGCACGCUGUCUCGUAUCGCCAGCGCAGCCGACGAGGAGACCAGUGAGGGGGCGGCUAGCGAGGGAGCAACCAAUGAGGGUGCGGCCUGUGAGGACACAGACGUUAAGGAGUCAACCAAUCAGAGCACAGGGAAUGAGACUGUAGCCAAUCAGGACACAGCUAGUCUGUCAUCUGACACACUGAGGGCUGAGGCCAGUGGGAUGGACCCGAGGGUAGACAAUUACAACAACAACAGUAGCCAAGCUUUGACUCUAUCAGAGAGUUACUCCUCUGUCCCCACACAGAACCCUCCUGUGGCUCUCCCUAAGUCCCUGAAAGACUCCCACAUCGAUCCUCCUAUUCUCCACAUUGAAGACCCUGAAUCCCCAGGCUUAAAUCCCCAUCCUCAGCCCCAGGCUCAGGCUCCAUCCCCUUGCCUGUCUGAUAAGCUUUCUGUGACCCUGGAGGACAGGCUCUACACUGGGCUGUGGAGGACAGGGCAGGGUCAGGGAGGACCAGAGUAUGUGGUUGGAGCCAUCUCCCUCUCCUCUUCCCCUGAGCCCUCCAGCCCUGUGUAGCCGGCUGACUUUUCACGCCUCCAGUUAGGACCAUGUCAUCUCACUUCAGUUCAUUCAUUGGAUGAUUUUGUUCUAUUUCUACUAUAUAGCAUUAAAUAAACAAAAGACCUUCCCACA